AUGAAACUUCUUCUAAUACUAUUAUACUUUGCUCCAGUAGUAUUAUCAGCAGAGAGAACAAAACGGCAGAUAUCAAUCGAUGACAUCAUAUCAGGAGCACUUAGUUUAGUCAGACCUAUUUUCGACACGUCGAAGCCAAUUCAAAAUGAAGGAAUGCUAAGGAAACCCGAUGCACCAACUCAAGAUGAUAUGAGAGAUUCUUCUAUUCUUGGAUCGCACUCUAGGACGGCACUUGAUGAUGUUCCAUUGUGUAAAGGAAAUAGCAACAUCUGCCGUUUCAUAUCUUGUUCCGCUGAAAAUUUUAAGAAAGACCCUACAUUCGGAAACAUUCAACUUGCCGCUCAAAUACUUGGUGAUGCUAAGCUUCGAAAAACUAUAAGCAGUAACACUGACGCUGUUCAAGCAGUCUGCAAAGAACAAGGAAUGGACGAUGCACAAUGUAAAUUGUUCUCAAAAGGGUUCCAACUGAUAGAUAAAUUUAUGACAUCCAUCGAGAAACCAACAGAGACCAAGGGUGGUGCCCCACCAUCAACGGAACCUCCAACAACUGCUAUUCCUGAUUUUGACGAUCCAAUAAAUGAUGAGCCACAGAAACCAAUGAUGGAUGAUCCCACAAAACCACAAGAUGAUGAGAACAUGAAACGAUGGGCUGAUUAUGAUAGCCGUGCAGUUGCACCAGUAAUCACCAUGCAAACAGCACAUGGCUCAAAGACAUGGAGCAGUAAUCCAGAGACGAAAUCACUUCAACCAUUGGAAAUCCGGAAUGACUUGAUUUCCAGCUGGACUCCUAUGCCAUUUUUCGCACCACCUACUAUCCCACCAGCCCCUCCACUUGCAUUUAAAUCAGUACCAUCUCUGAUUCUUCAGCCUAUUCAGGCACCGCAGUUGGACAAUGGUAUAUUCUUCUCAACUGACAAAUUUAACUUCUUGAAGGAUUUUAACUCCAUCAAACGAUUACGCCGGUCUCCUGACUACUACGACCAAGUAGAUGAUUCAAAGCCAAAACCAAAAGCGUCUCCGAAAAAAUCAACCGGUGGUGGUAGUGAUGACUACUACGGAAACUUUGAUAGUGGAACUGAUGAUAAUGAAGAGGAAGAGACCACUACUGGAACCUUGUCAAAGACCACUAGCAAGCUGCUGCUGAAAACUAUGGAAGACGAACUUGAUUCCGAUCUAUACGAUCGUGUUAGCUACCUGAACCUGAUGGACAAGAUCGAUACUCGGAAGAAAGUUCCAAAAGUGGGGAAAUUCCGUGAUGAUAGUGGCUUCUUACCACCAUUAAAUUCUAAAGCCGUAUCAUGGAUUGAUAUGGAUGACUAUACUAUUCUACCAAGUCCUGACGAAGCUCCAUUUGAUCAUAGUGACGACGAAUACUUUACUGGCAGGCGACGAAGAUCACGGAAAGCACCACGGACGGGAAGAUCAGUCACUGCUUCUGAAUCAAUGAAUCAGAUCGCCGAUUUUGAUUUCAGUUCUGACGCUCCAUCACCAAGACUGGACGCUUCUGAAGCAAUGGGUGCUCCACCAGAUGCUGAUAUCAAGCGCUAUUGGGACAGUAGUUUGGAUAUCACUGAUCUCAGUGGACACGACUUCACCAUUUUCAAGCAACUCCAGGGAAUGCUUGGAAUUGAGAACAUUUCAUUCGAAACUCUUUCUCGUUUCAAUGUCCGUGUCCAUACUGAUACCUACGGACAGCCAGCUAUUUUGUUCCCGCGUUACCGUGGAAUGACUUCUCGACUCCGCAUUCCGAUGGGGUUAAAACUGAUCCGUAAAGUUGGAGAUCGCAUGGAGAAAGAGAAUUAUCCACUUCCGGAUGAAACCUCGGUCCGUCAAAAAUUUAGUGGUGUCUUUGGACUUCACAUGGCUACUCUCUCGGAUCGUAGCGUUGUGAUUACCACUAAUGAACGUGAUGCAUUGGCAAUCUACGAAGCUACCAAGGCGUUGGUCUUUGCUUUGCCCCAUGGAGAAAUUUUGGACCCACUGGUACUUCCGUAUUUGGAGGAGUUUGACAAGAUCUACCUGUGGUUCCCAGUGCAACACGUUAGCUACGCGAAAGACUGGGGAAGUGCUUUGAACACGCUCAAGUGUCUUCUCGUCAAAAACGAAGAGAGGCCAAUCGAGCUUGUCCGUAAUGGAGACCAUCGUCUCAUCCGCAACUCUCUUUCCAACUCGGUUGUUCGUAUGAGAGAACGUGGUUUCCGUUCCAUGACGGAUUUGGAUAUGCGUGAGGGAAUCCGUUCCGAUCUACUCAAUUCAACAAACAGAAUUGUUGGAUUUGGACAGUGGAAACGAUUCGGAGUGUUGAACAAGUAUCUCGGAGGACUUCGCCCAGGGGAGAUGACCGUACUCACCGGAGGAACUGGAAAUGGAAAAACUACUUUUCUCUGUGAAUACUCACUUGAUCUUUUUACUCAAGGGGUUCGCACUCUCUUCUGCAGUUUUGAGAUGCCAGAGAAAAAGAUUCUCCAUUGGAUGUUGGUUCAGUAUGCCGGUCCAUCACAUCUUCGAAGCCUCGCGCGCACUAACUCGUAUAAAAAUGGCAUCAAACUUCCAUUGCAUCGUGUCGAGUACAGCAACUCUAUCAAUUCAUGGCUAGAUAGAUUCGAGAGAUCCAGUUCUGCGUUGACGAUGUUAGACUCUGAAGAGUUCAUGGAGAAAUCCAUUAAUGAAAUCGCCAGGGCUAUCCGGAUCCAUGUGGAGAAUAGUGGAAUUCAACACGUUGUUAUCGAUAAUCUACAAUUUUUGAUCAACCAAGGAAUGAUGGCAGAUGAGAAGUCAAGUGGACUGGAUAGAUUCCAUCUACAGGAUCGCUUUGUUGGGUACAUGCGUCAACUAGCCACUCAGAAUCAAAUCCACAUCACAAUGGUUGUCCAUCCACGAAAAACCGACGGAGACACAGAAAUUGAUGUUCAACACUUUGGAGGAUCUGCUAGAGUUACCCAGGAGGCUGACAACGUUUUGGCUAUCCAAAGAAAACGCGAUGACCGUGACCGCUCGAAAUUCAGAAAGUUCCUUUAUAUUUUGAAAAACCGUUACUACGGUCGACGAGUGGAGAGCGAUCAACUCGAGAUGGUAUUCAACCCAUCAACUUAUUCUCAUACAAUUGUAGAGUUUCCCAAGUAA